AUGGCGAUUCACGCAGAGCUGAUGGAAGAGAACGAGGAGAGUGAAGAACUGAGUGAAGUGGAGGAGGAACAUUACGACAAACCUGAAAAAAAACCUUUGAGUCGCUCAAAGACCAAAAAUACAUUUUUAAGGAAAAGUAGAGCCAAGAAAUCUUUGACCUGCACUCAGUGUGGAAAGAAUUUGACAAGCAAACGUAAUCUUGAUGUUCACAUGAGAAUCCACACCGGAAAGAAGCCGUUCACGUGCGAUCAAUGUGGGAAGGGUUUCACACAAAAAAGAUUCAAUCAGGCAGGAAAUCUGAAAAGACAUGAGAGGAUCCACAGCAGUGAGAAGCAGCACACGUGUGAUCAGUGCGGGAAGAGUUUCUCUGUUAAACACUUGAAGCAACAUCUGAGGCUCCAUGCUGCGGAGAAACCAGAUCACCACAAUCCACGUGAUGAGAGCUGUGCUGGAAACAGACUGAAAAGUAGCACUGCGCAAAAAUUUCGGUUUCUGGAGGCUGCUUUGGAGCUAUCUUUAGAAGAGCUUUCUUGUCCUGUAUGCUAUGAAAUCUUCAAGGCUCCUGUUAUUUUAUCAUGUAGUCACAGUUUCUUUAAAGAGUGUCUUCAACAGUUUUGGAGAACCAGGGAUACUCAGGAGUGCCCUGUCUGCAGGAGAGAAUCAUCACAUGCUGAACCUCCAUAUAAUCUUGCAUUAAAAAACUUGUGUGAAUCGUUCCUGAAGCAGAGAAAUGAGAGGCAUUCAUCAGGGGAGUUCUGCAGUUUACACAGUGAGAAACUCAAACUCUUCUGUCUGGAAGACAAACGGCCUGCGUGUGUGGUGUGUUUUACAUCACAACGACAUGACAAUCAUAAAUUCAGACCCAUCAGUGAAGUGGUUUCAUCACAUAAGGAGAAGGUCAAUACAGCACUGAUGACCUUAAAAAAGAAACUUCAACACAAGGAAAACAUUAAAGGAGAGUUUGAGAAAACACUUCGACACAUCAAUUCUCAAGCUGAGCACACAGAGCGUCAGAUUAAACAGCAGUUUGAGAAGCUUCACCAGUUUCUCAGAGAUGAAGAAGAAGCUACAAUCACUGCACUGAGGAAGGAAGAGGAGCAGAAGAAGCAGAUGAUGAAGGAGAAGCUGGAGGAGAUCAGCAGACACAUCUCAGCUCUUUCACACACAAUCAAAGACACAGAGGAGAUGAUGAAAGCCAGUGAUGUCUACUUUCUGAAGGAGUUUCCAGUCUCAAUGGAAAGAGUCCAGAUCUCACAGCCGGAUCCACAGACACCUUCUGGAGCAUUGAUUCAUGUGCCACGAUACUUGGGAAACCUGCCCUUCAGAGUCUGGAAGAAGAUGCAGGACAUCGUCCAAUACACUCUUGUGAUUCUGGAUCCAAACACGGCUCAUAGAGAUCUUGUUUUGUAUGAUGUUCUGGACGGUGUGAGUCACAACAAGAACAUUCAACCUGUUCCUGAUAAUCCAGAGAGAUUUAACUGGUAUCCCUGUGUUCUGGGUUCAGAGGGUUUUAACUCAGGAACACACUGCUGGGAUGUGGAGGUUAAAGGGUGUUUAGUCUGGAUUCUUGGAGUAACUACAGCAUCAAACCAGAGGAAGGGACGUGAUUGUUUUAACACUGAUGUCUGGAGUGUGGAGUAUGAACAGGGAGGACUGUCUGGACCUUUUAACUUUCGUGUUGAACAGUACCUUGAGUAUGUGAGAGUGCACCUGGACUAUGACAGAGGAACGGUGUCAUUCUCUGAUCCUGUAACUAACACACAUCUACAUAUAUUCACAACCACCUUCACUCACACACUCUUUCCAUUCUUUAGUUGUUAUCCCUCUCUGAAGAUCUUACCCUUAAAUACAAGGAUCACUUACUUUUAGGCUUAAAGAUGGCUUAAGGUGGGAUGUUAAUGAGUUAAUUUGCUGAAAUUAGGAGCUGAGCCCACCUAAAUAUCUGUCUAGCCCACCCAGUAAUAAUUUUGAUAAAUAUUACAUUAAUCUUUUUGUGCAAUGAUUAAAAGCAAUCAGAGGCUGACUGCAUGUUGAGAAGUUUAUAGCAGAACUAACUUCCUCAACCAAUUUUAAAAUAACAGCAGAAAAUUGCAGUACUUUUCCUCGUAUUAUUUAUUAUUAUUUAGUAAUUUAGCAGAUGCUUUUAUCCAAAGGGACUUACAAAUGAGGACAACAGAAGCAAUCAGCUGUAGCAUUAAGUUCGCAAAACAUGCAUCAGAUACAAGGAAGACAGACUGGGCUGGAUCUUUUGCAAUUAUUCACAAUGUACAAAAUUACACAAGAUGCAAACCCUUUUGAUUAAUUUGGUCCAGUUUGGUGAACUCAUUCAACCAAUAUAUGAAAGUUAUAAUUACCACUUGCUCCUGUUCUAUGAUAUGUUCUAGGUCACCAUGAUUUUGCCAAGUAAGACAUGUUCCUGGAUCAACAUUAUUGUCCAAAAAUAUAAACUUAACCCAAUCCCUGCCCCUAAAUCUAGCCCUACCGAUAAUUUAUUCCUAAAAUCAGUGGGAAAUGAUGGCUGAUUAACAAGAGUGUAGAAGCACCUAACCCUGAUCUUAAGCCUAAAUCAGAUAUUUCUUGAAAAGUUGUCUCAAAAUCUCAAUUCUGAUUGGUUGAUUGGAAUGUUGUUCCAGGAACAUGUUGUACUUGGUGAAAUCAUGCUCACCAUAUGUUCUCCUUCAGAGAGCGUGUGAGUUACAAACAGAGCCAAGUUGUAAACAUGUGAUCAGCGGCACUGUAAUGCACUCACAUCAUUUAAUCUCCUAAAUAUAUGCAUUGGCAUUUUUUUCUUAGCCUGUCA